AUGGCCAGCGACGAUGAGGAUCAAAACAUGAAGGACCUCUUUGGUAGCGAUGACGAUGAGGAGGACGAGGAUUUUGGAAAGGGCAGUUUGCGCGAGGCCUCACGGAAGGGGGACGACAUUGAGGACGGUGGCGAAGACGCUGAGCCAGUUCCUGAGGACGAGCUUGAAGAUGACCUCGACGAUGGCACAGCUCAAGCUACGGGACGACAAUUACCUGCCUCUGAAGAACCCGAGGAGCAAGCUAACGAAGACGACCGUGACCGCUGGGACCGCAGACGUAAAUUUGCACCAGGUCACCGUCCGCUAGCGCGCACUGGUGCUCCCAUUGACUAUGCAGCUCCACUUCUAUCGGUCCCUCCGCCACAAGGCGAUGUCUACCUUCUCCGCGAGGCGCUCAUUGGCGUGGAACCCACGCCUUUCAGCCCGGAAACGUUUGCGGGCGAGGAGGAAAUCUUUGUAGACGAGAAGGGCAUCAUGAAAAUUAAACCGGUGGACCGGACAAAAAUCAGGUGGCGUUACGUCACACGUCAAGGCCCCGACGGGUCAGAAGAGCUAGUGCCGGAGAGCAAUGCGCGCUUCGUCCGCUGGUCGGACGGCAGCCUACAGCUGCUGCUGGGGGACGAAGUCUUUGAUGUUGUUACAGCCGAUAUUUCUCAGCAGCGGGCUUACAUGGUAGCUUACAGCGGAGUGGUGCAGGGUCAAGCCGCCCUGACACACAAGAUGGGUUUCCGACUAGCCACCUUGAACAGCAAGCUGUACGCACGCAUGAGGGAGGAGGUCGACAAGCGGACUGUCAAGUUGAAACGCGUCCAGCAGCACGUGGAGGCUUUCGACCCGAGUAAGGAGAAGGAGCGGCGAGCCAAGGAAACCGAGGAGCUGCUCCGAAACCGGGCCCAACUGGAGGCCCGGCAGCAACGCACCAUGGCGCGGUACUCUGGGGCGGGCGGGGGGGGACGCUCCCGCGGCCGGCCGCAGCUCAACACCAGGUUCCUGGAGGAAGACGACGGCAUCGAGCUGGGCGGUGACGAGGCUUUCAUUGACGACGGCGACGACGACGGCGGCGCGUACUCCCGGCGGCGGCGGAUGAACGACGAUGAUGAGGAGGCGGCAGCCCGGCGGCUUCAGAGCGCCAAGCGGGGGGCGGACGGCGGGUCGGCGCAGGGCCGACGACGAGGAAGGGCGCAGAAGGAGGAGAGUGAGGAAGAGGAGCUGGACGAGGAAGAGGAGGAGGAGGAGGAGUAUGUGGACAGCGAAGGCGGCAGUGAAGACGAGGAGGACGGGGGGGAGGAGGAGGACGGGGAGGAGGAGGAGAAGGAGGCGCCGGCUAGGCGGUCCAAGACGCCGCCCAAGGCGGGAAGAGGCACGCCGCCGCCGCCACGCAGCAGGCCUUCGUUGCCUACGCGAGAAGCUCGGCCUCCUGCUGCUAAAGUUCGGCGCGGAGUGGUGCUGUCCGAUGACGAGGAUGAUUAG